AUGUCAUUUCCAUCUAGGUCCAACACGGGAGAUCGCUCUAGGGGACUUUCUACUAUCGUGUCCCAAGGCAUUGCAGGUCUCCUUGUGAAGAUCAUCACCCUCCCUUACUACCGCUUCUUCAAUUUCAACACCCUUAAGCCAAUUCAACAGAUAGGACAACAGACCGUACGGCGAGAACACCACACCGCGAUCCUUGCGUCGCUUGCUCGAUGGCGAGAGCGAAAGAUCGAGGAACUGCAAUUCAUUUCCAUCGCCUGCGUCACAAUCACAGCAGUCAUCACUGCAUCUUUCUCGUGGAACACCGUAGCAUCAGCCCACUGGACCGCUCCCGGCUUCUGGUACGCCUCCCUCACCUUCUCCAUCUGCGGUAUUCUACUCGCAGCCCAACAAGUCGCCGCAUUCAGCUUACUUGGCCCCUUUCCUGAGAAUCCCUCGGCGGACGGAGCUCGUAAAGCGAUUCUGCGGUACUUGCCACAUAUGUUGCAGAAGACCUCCAGGCAGGUUUCGCAGAAUGAGGCGAGAAAUUCCGAGUACGAUUUGGGAGAGUGGACCGUGAGGUGGAAAAUGGUGUUCACGUGGCAAGUGCCCAUGAUGUUUAUGGCCUACUCGUUCUUGUGUUACAUCAUUGGGUUGACGGUCAUGGCUUGCUCGCCGUUGCUUCAGAGGCAGCCGUGGGGGCCGGAGUCGAAUGUUGCGAUUGCAUACUUGUCUACGUUUGGGGUUGGGUACGGUAUCUUUAUAUACUGUUCGCUCAUGGGAUAUGAACAGAUGGACGUGGACGCUGGAUUUGGGAUAAGAGACGAUGAUACUCCCCAUGUAGUGCCACCGAAAGGAGAAGGGUCUGGAGCUUGGCGUAGUGUGUAAAGCCCCGGAUCUUGGGGAUGAGACUGACACAAACCUUUUCCACAAAUGAAACAGUCGCCACCGUUGCACUGCAGAAAAG